UACUAAAAGUUAAUUUUUUUCUUAGUUUUUGAAAAUUGACGAAAUAUUAGUUGAAUAUUAAACAAGUGAGUAGGUACUUCAUAGGAACCCUUAUACAAUUUUACAUAUGUUUUGUAUCGAUUUUAAAGAAUUGUAUUUUAACAUGACUUUUACACAUUACACACAUGAAAUCGGUAAUUCAGAAUCAAUGAAUCUUCAUCAUCUUCAUCCACACUUGAAUACAUAUCUGAAGACCUGCAAGCUAUUCAAUUUAGUGUGUCGACAAAAGUUUUUCCUAAACUUGAGAACAAUUAUAUAAAUACCACAAUCAUGAAAAGACGAUAUAAUAAAAAAUUAAGGGGUUGUAAUCCUUAUGAUUGCUUCUACAUAAUCCUUCCUUAAACAAACCAUAUUCUACGUGAAUGAUAAAAAUAUGUUGUCAACAUCUGAUGGGACUCAUUGUGGUAUGCGGUGCCACAAUACUAACGAACCUGCCCGUUUAAUGUGCACACAUUGUCAUGUGUAUUAUCAUCAAGCAUGUGUCAACCUAAAUGCUUAUAUAAAAGUUAAUGGUUAUGUAUGCUUAAACUGUCGUAUUAUAAUGAAAAAAACAGGUGUACAGUCAUUGCAUAAUGUGAUUGUUUGUGCCAGUAGCAGUAAACCAGAGAAACAAUGCAUUAAAGAAGUUACCGCCCCUACAUUCAACGACGUAACUUCUUGUAACAGUAGAAUAUACCAGAUUGCACCUAGUACAGACGGAAAAAUUAAUUCCGAUAUAGGUGACGUCAUUUUUAAACUCCCAUUUGAGCAUGGAUGGAAACGACAGUUAGUGUACAGAACAUCAGGUGAAUCUGAUGUUUUUAAUCGGGCAAAUCGAAGUGGUGAUGUAUACUAUUAUUCUCCAGAUCACCAAAUACUACGAUCAUUACAAGAAAUUCAGGAAUAUUUGGAUAGCUCGUCUGAUAAAACUUCUCUUACUGUAGACAGUUUUACCUUUUUAACUCAACCAAUUGGCAUUAAUGAUCGAUCAAAAGAAAUGAUUAUAGAUGCGGAUUUCAAAAGAUUUAUGGAUAACACUACUGUUGGUGUUGCUGUUCAACCUAAAAAACGUAAAACACCUGAACAGCGCCAAGCAUUUGAUUAUGAAUUGCCAGAUGAUGAAAACAAAAAGUCUGAUAGUAAAACUAAAAUGGUUAUUAAAAAGGCAAAGACUUCCUCAAGAUCAAGAUCCAAAAAAGAAGUUACCGCCCCUACAUUCAACGACGUAACUUCUUGUAACAGUAGAAUAUACCAGAUUGCACCUAGUACAGACGGAAAAAUUAAUUCCGAUAUAGGUGACGUCAUUUUUAAACUCCCAUUUGAGCAUGGAUGGAAACGACAGUUAGUGUACAGAACAUCAGGUGAAUCUGAUGUUUUUAAUCGGGCAAAUCGAAGUGGUGAUGUAUACUAUUAUUCUCCAGAUCACCAAAUACUACGAUCAUUACAAGAAAUUCAGGAAUAUUUGGAUAGCUCGUCUGAUAAAACUUCUCUUACUGUAGACAGUUUUACCUUUUUAACUCAACCAAUUGGCAUUAAUGAUCGAUCAAAAGAAAUGAUUAUAGAUGCGGAUUUCAAAAGAUUUAUGGAUAACACUACUGUUGGUGUUGCUGUUCAACCUAAAAAACGUAAAACACCUGAACAGCGCCAAGCAUUUGAUUAUGAAUUGCCAGAUGAUGAAAACAAAAAGUCUGAUAGUAAAACUAAAAUGGUUAUUAAAAAGGCAAAGACUUCCUCAAGAUCAAGAUCCAAAAAAGAAGUUACCGCCCCUACAUUCAACGACGUAACUUCUUGUAACAGUAGAAUAUACCAGAUUGCACCUAGUACAGACGGAAAAAUUAAUUCCGAUAUAGGUGACGUCAUUUUUAAACUCCCAUUUGAGCAUGGAUGGAAACGACAGUUAGUGUACAGAACAUCAGGUGAAUCUGAUGUUUUUAAUCGGGCAAAUCGAAGUGGUGAUGUAUACUAUUAUUCUCCAGAUCACCAAAUACUACGAUCAUUACAAGAAAUUCAGGAAUAUUUGGAUAGCUCGUCUGAUAAAACUUCUCUUACUGUAGACAGUUUUACCUUUUUAACUCAACCAAUUGGCAUUAAUGAUCGAUCAAAAGAAAUGAUUAUAGAUGCGGAUUUCAAAAGAUUUAUGGAUAACACUACUGUUGGUGUUGCUGUUCAACCUAAAAAACGUAAAACACCUGAACAGCGCCAAGCAUUUGAUUAUGAAUUGCCAGAUGAUGAAAACAAAAAGUCUGAUAGUAAAACUAAAAUGGUUAUUAAAAAGGCAAAGACUUCCUCAAGAUCAAGAUCCAAAAAAGAAGUUACCGCCCCUACAUUCAACGACGUAACUUCUUGUAACAGUAGAAUAUACCAGAUUGCACCUAGUACAGACGGAAAAAUUAAUUCCGAUAUAGGUGACGUCAUUUUUAAACUCCCAUUUGAGCAUGGAUGGAAACGACAGUUAGUGUACAGAACAUCAGGUGAAUCUGAUGUUUUUAAUCGGGCAAAUCGAAGUGGUGAUGUAUACUAUUAUUCUCCAGAUCACCAAAUACUACGAUCAUUACAAGAAAUUCAGGAAUAUUUGGAUAGCUCGUCUGAUAAAACUUCUCUUACUGUAGACAGUUUUACCUUUUUAACUCAACCAAUUGGCAUUAAUGAUCGAUCAAAAGAAAUGAUUAUAGAUGCGGAUUUCAAAAGAUUUAUGGAUGACACUACUGUUGGUGUUGCUGUUCAACCUAAAAAAUGUAAAACACCUGAACAGCGCCCAGCAUUUGAUUAUGAAUUGCCAGAUGAUGAAAACAAAAAGUCGGAUAGUAAAAUUAUAAUGGUGUUUAAAAAGGCAAAGACUUCCUCAAGAUCAAGAUCCAAAAAUGGUAAAUGGAAUUCAGAAUUAAUGAUUACAUCUUCAUCCACACCUGAAUACAUAUCUGAAGAUCUGCAGGCUAUUCAAUUUAGUGUGUCGACAAAAGUUUCUCCUAAACUUGAGAACAGUGAUAUUAAUACCACAAUAAUGAAAAGACGGAAUUCUGAGUUUAAUGGUUCAUUUAAAGAAAUUGCAACUCCUUUCACAUCCAUGCAAUCAUUGAACAACAUGGUUAAAGCAUUGGAAGACAUUUUUAAAUAUUUAAAUACACAUGAGCUUAUAUCCGCUUCUAGAGUAUGUACCACCUGGCAUAUGAUUGCAAUGAACAAGUUCUUAUGGAAAAAUGUUCGUUUAAAAAAUUCUAUGGUCUAUGACUGGGAAAAGUUCGUAGACUCUAUUGAUCAACAAAGAACUGAUACGUUAGAUACUAGACAAAUGUUGAUACCUCUAAAAGUUGAUGAAUUCAAAAAUUUUUGGUUGCAUUUUUCUAAAGCAAUGAAAAGAGCACAAAAGUUAAAAUUAAUUGAAUUGUAUAAAUGUCCUACCCAUAUAGUUGAAGAUAUUAUUCACUCAUUACCUCAACUUGAAGUACUUAAUGCAACUUCAAUAAAAAAUCUAAAUAUAACAAAAGAGUCGAAAAAUCCCCAUGAUCUUAUGACCCUAAACUUAAAUUAUUUAGGCCAAAUGACAAAGCUCACUGAAUUAAGACUAAAAGGUUUGAAUGGAAUCAAAUUAACGUCAUUGCCAUCAUUUGAAAAUUUAAUAAAUUUAAAUAAAUUUUCAUUAACAUCCAUAAAAUCAUUUCCAAAAAACAUCUGUCAGAGUUUGGAUACUAUUACUGAUAACAUAGAGUUUUUGGAAAUUGGUGAUUGCGAUUUUUUAUCAAAAGAUUUUGCUGUGUCGCUAAAAAGAUUUGUCAAUUUGAAAUCGUUGAGAUUGGAAAAUUGUUACGGUAAAUGGGAAAGUUGUGCACAAGACGUUUUUACUGCUAUUAGGGGUCUUGAAAAGCUCACUAUUCUGGAAUUGGUAAACAUAGAAUUCAGUAAUUGUGUUGAAGAUGAAUUGGAAAAAUGUGUUGGUAUUAAAGCUUUAUUGAUUAUUCCUGCUUAUAUGAGCAAAUCUGCAACUACCAACUGCCACUUGAUUGACUGCCUCAAGAAACUCUCCAAGACAUUAACACACUUGGUUUGGGGAUUGACUCUUGAAUUACUCCGUGUUACUGACUUAUUUAUAAUUCAAUAUCAACAAAACCAGCAUAGUAUUGGUAAUAAUCUAGAAUUAUCCCAUACCAAAGAAACGACCAUACCUAUACGAAGGACAAGAAAACCCAGGCAGCGACCAGGAGAAGAGCCUGCUCUCAAAAAGGGCAAGGAUGAAGACAAAUCAGAUAUCGUUGAUUUACGUUCAGUUUUUGUUUUAGAGAAAUUGUUAGCUACAAUGAUGCCGGAUGCUAAAACUAGGGUAAUUAAGGUUCCCUUUUCGGGAACAGUUAGAGUUUAUUUGAGUGAACUGUUUAAUGAUUUUUGAAUUAAAUGUUUAGUAUUCAAUUUUUUCUUAAUUUCUUUACACUA